GCGCGCCGAGGUUCCAGUGUGACCUCUCCUUGCGAGUCACGGCGUCGCGAGCCACACGCGCCGAUGGCACCGAGGUGGCGCGCGUGUCAGCGCGAGGGGAGCUUGAGGUGCGACCGUGGUUCCACGCCACUGCCAAAGCCGCAGUGGUGGACUUUUACCAUGCAGCGAAGGCCUGGUAUCUGCAAGGCAAGGACCAUGAAGCGCUUGCGGCCUGUGAGAAGGCGGUGAAGCUUGCGGACGCGCAAAGUCCGCGGCCCCGCGAGAUGGCGGAUGCACUCCACCUUCUGGGGGCCAUCCACUUGCGUGGCAAGCAGCCUGCUCUGGCGGUGAAAUGCCUGGAGCGAGCGCUGGGUGUCAAGCAGAUGCUGGAGCCGGAAUCGCUGGAGGCGAACCCUUCGAGCUGGCAGUUGGGCAGUUACUUGGCUCUCGGCAGCGCGCACUUGCAGGCGGGCGCGCCAAAGGCUGCAGCGGAGAGCCUGGAGCUGGUGGUGAAGACGCUGCAAGAGCGUAAGGGCGACAGCAGCAUACUGGCAAGUGCCCAGCACAGCCUCGGCAGCGCAUACCGCGCCUUGGGACAACACGACCAGUCAAUGCAGUGCUAUCAGCUCUGCCUGGAACUUCGGGAGUCACAAGGAGACGGUCCUCAGCUGGUGAGUGUUUUGAACAACCUGGGCGCGCAGGCCCAGCAGCUUUCGAGGUUCCAGGAGGCAGCGGCCUUCUAUCGCCGCGCUUUGGAGCUCGAGCGGAAGCAUUUGGGCGUUGAGCACCCUGCCAGCGCCGCCACCCUGGGGAAUCUGGGCAUUGUCCUGGGCCAGCUCAAAGACCACCAGGGCGCCGUGCGGUGUUUGGAGGAGGCGCUUCAGGUUCAAGAGAAGGAGCUAGGCAGCCAUCCCAGCGUCGCUUGCACACUGCACAACCUGGGCAACGCCUUUGCCGCCAGUGGCCAGGGGACAGCCGCCGCCGACUGCUUGCUUAGGGCGCUGCGCCUGUGGCAGGAGGUGCAGCAUCGAGGCGGCAGCUGCGAAGACAUCGCCGCCACGCUUCACAGCUUGGGCAACGUCUACCGGGGCCUGGGUGAUCCUGGCUCCGCCCAGCGCUGCUUCCGCCAGAGUUUGCAGCUCCGCGAGGUGUUGCUGGGCUAUGAGCACCCAGACACCGCUCGCACGCGGCACUGCCUGGCUCUGGGCUGUGCCAACACGCCGCGGGAGGCGUUGCAGGAGCUCCAAGCCGUGCUGGGCAGCCUCCAAGUCAGCCUCGGCUCUGGCCACCCCUGGACGCUGCAGGCACGCGCGGAUGCUGAUGCACUCAGCAAAGAGGACGUGAGAUGAGGACCUCACGGAUACCACGCCGACUAACAUGGAACCUCAGAGACGGCCAUGGAACCUGUUCCAAUGUUCGCCAGACUUUGAGCCCAGAGUUCUCACCGCCUGCGCAACAAGCGCCGGCAUUUGUCACGUGACAAGACGGAUA